AUGGAGACAUUUUACAAUGGUCUCAAUGCAGCCUCUCGAAUGGUAUUGGAUGCUUCAGCCAAUGGAGCCAUUCUUUCCAAGACUUAUAACGAAGCAUUUGAGAUUUUGGAAAGAAUAGCAAGCAACAACUACCAAUGGUCAAAUACUAGAGCUCCUACAUGCCGAAAAGUAGCGGGUGUUCUUGAAGUAGAUGCUCUAACCGCUCUAAUCGCUCAAAUGGCCUCAAUGACCAACAUUUUAAAGAACAUGAGUAUGGGAGGAAAUGUACAGCCAGCUGCUGCCAUUCAAAGUGCAGAAGUAUCAUGUGUGUAUUGUGGGGACGGGCAUACUUUUGAGAAUUGCCCUUCAAAUCUAGCUUCGGUCUUCUAUGUGGGUAAUCAAAACUCCAAUCGCAACAACAACCCAUAUUCGAACACUUACAAUCCAUCAUGGAGGCAUCAUCCAAAUCUGUCAUGGGGGGGUCAAGGAGCAAGUUCAAGUGGAGCACCAACACAAGGAAAACAGUCAUAUCCACCGGGAUUUUCUCAACAACCAAGACCUCAACAACCACACUCACCUCAAGGCUCUCAAACAAGUUCUUUGGAGAAUUUAAUGAGAGAUUAUAUGGCCAAGAAUGACGUAGUAAUUCAAAGCCAGGCAGCUUCUCUUCGGAAUUUGGAAAUUCAAUUGGGGCAUUUAGCUAAUGACUUGAAAAAUCGACCCCAAGGUUCUUUGCCAAGUGACACCGAGAAUCCAAGGAGGGAUGGCAAAGAACAAUGCAAGGCAAUCAAUCUACGAAGUGGGAAAAAUAUGGAAGUGAAUGAGGAGAAAACAAAGGGCAGCAAGGAGCCUACUUCAAUCCAAACCGAAGGGGAAACGAGUAAAAAACCAGCAAGUGCAGCUGUUGAAUUCUCCCCAAUUGAAACAGCAUCGGGUCAGCAUUCUACUAUAGAAAAGACUUUACACAAGCCACCUCCGCCAUUUCCUCAACGAUUCAAAAAAACAGCAGCAAGAUGGCCAAUUCAGGAAGUUUUUGGAUGUUUUGAAGCAGCUCCAUAUCAACAUUCCCUUGGUGGAAGCUUUGGAGCAAAUGCCCAAUUAUGUAAAGUUUUUGAAAGACAUUUUGACAAGAAAGAGGAGGCUUGGUGA